AAUAUAAACUUAGAAGUAGUCCUGUAGUACCUAUUUGAAUAAGUGACGGUUGUAUAAGAAUAUCUGCUAAUUACAAAUUAACAUUUAACAAGUUUGUACAAGAUGUAAAAUACUCUCUACCUAGGAUUGAGGACAUAUUUCAUAAAGUAAGUAAGGAUGAAGAAUUUAGUAAAAUAGAUCUAUGGGAAACAUAUAAUAUAUUAGAAGUAGAUGAGGAGUAUUUAAAAUUAUUGACAUAAAGUACAUAUAAGGGUAUGUUUAAUAGGCUCUGAUUCCCUCAUUGUAUAGUACCAGUUAGUGUUAUUUUUCAAAAAUUAAUUGAACAAUUAUUAAAAAUUGUUAAAAAAAAUAUAAGGAAAAAUAUUAUUUAGUUAAAGGAAAUUUUUAAUAAUUGUUAUUGUUCAAUAUGUAUGAAUUUAAAAAGAGAGAUGUAAUGUUUAUAUCACAUUACCCCAUACUUAUAUUUGAAGUAAUAGUGCGAUUCGUAUAAAGAUAUGCAUUAUAGCGGUUAGUUUUAGUUAGAACGGCAUUAUCUAGUGUACUUUAAAUACGAAUUAUAUUGUUAUUCAGUAAAUCGUAUUACUUAAACAUAUUUAUUUAUCAUAAACCAAAAAAAAAAUUCACAUAAUUGAAUUUAUCUUAAGUAUAUACUUUUAAUGAUGACCAGUAAAACUCAAUGGAUUUUAAGUACUAUUUAUGUUUUACUUGCUGCGAAUACAAUGUCAAAAGCAGCAAAUAUUCUAGUAUUUGCACCAAUGCCCUUCAAAAGUCAUUUUGGAGGAUUUCAACCACUUUUUCAAGAACUGACUCACCGAGGACAUAAUGUUACCGUAGUUAGUGCAUUUCCAUUGAAAAAACACCUUGAAAACUAUACUGAUAUCGUUGUAGGCAUCGACAAAACGUUUGCACAGGGUUUAGACCCUAUAAAAAUGGCAAACGAAAAUUUUAUUGAAAUAUUAUUAAAUGUGGGUAAUUUACAAAAUUCUUUAGCACAUGCCACUCUCCCUGUUAAUGUUAUUCAAAAUUUCAUUCAGUAUGAUAAUUCUAAAUUUGAUCUUGUUUUUAUAUUUUCAUUUGGACAAACAUAUUGUGUUACUCUUGGACACAAAUACAACGCACCAGUGAUUAUGUUGAACGUUGUUAUGUUAUGGCAAGUCAAUAGCAAAUGGAUUGGCGAACCUUACACUUACUCUUAUAUUCCUGACCCUAGAAUUAGGACAACUGACAAAAUGUCGUUCAUGGAUAAGUUAAAAAACACAUUAGUCGGAAUUAUACAACUCUUUUUUACUGACUAUUACAAUCUUUCUGAGCAUAAAAAAAUUAUGAAUGCAUACUUCAGAUACUCGGGUUGGGAACAAAGACCUUCAUUGGAAGAUAUGUUACAUAAUAUUUCAUUGACUUUAAUAAAUGCUCAUUACACAGUUGGCCUAACGAGGCCUUAUCUACCCGGAACAGUUGAAAUUGGAGGACUUCAUGUAAAGGAGCCUAAAAAGUUAUCUAGUAAAUUUUUAGAUUUUAUCGAGUCUGCAGAACAUGGGGUGAUAUACUUUAGUUUAGGUACAGUAGCAAAUCCUGCAAUGCUCCCCAAGGCUAAAUUACAAAUAUUUAUUAGCGUAUUUAAUAAGUUAAAACAAAAAAUAAUGUGGAAGUGGAGUCAAGGAAAAACACCUCAAGUGUCGGAUAAUGUUAUGAUAAGUGAUUGGUUUCCACAACCAGAUAUCCUAGGUCACUCAAAUGUAAAACUGUUUAUUACCCAUGGUGGUCUACAUAGUCUUGAAGAAGCAUCAUAUAAUGCCAAACCUCUCAUUGGUAUACCAUUUUUUGGCGAUCAACAUAUGAACAUGCGAAUUGUAGAAGAAAAAGGGUUUGGAAGGAUGAUUGACAUUUUUACAAUGAAUGAGGAAUCUCUAUUGUCUACAAUAAAAGAUGUACUUGAAAAUCCAAUGUACAAUGAAAAUUCCAUUCGACAAAGUCUUUUAUAUAGAGACCGAGACAUGAAACCAAUAGACCGAGCAGUAUAUUGGGUAGAAUACGUGUUGCGUCAUAAAGGCGCAAAGCAUUUAAUAAGCCAGAGCACUCGUUUGAAUAUAUUUCAAUACUUCCUCAUAGAUGUAUUUAUUGUUUUUGGUUUUUUUAUAACGAUCGUGAUAUUCUUAGUUUUAAAGAUUUUAAAUUGUCUUUUCAAAUAUAACAAAUCAAAACUUAAAACGGCAUGAUCUUUUUUUAUGUUGUUAUUAUGAUAAAUGUCAUUUGAAAAGUCUUAGUAUAGGGUUGAAUUUAUUUGAAUAUUUUUUAAUUGAUGUUACUAUAGUUUUUUGUAUUUGCAUGGUAACUAUUGCAUUUUUUGUUUUCGAAUUAUUGAAUUUUUUUUUUAAAUUUAAAUGUAAAGUUAAAUCUACAUAAUUUUUUUUAAGUAUUAAACAUUAUGU